AUGUCUGUCGUGUUACACGGCCACGAAACAUUUCAUCGCUUCAAGGAUCUUCCAGCCGAAAUACAACACAAGAUAUGGAAAAUCAAGAUUGAUGAAGAGAUUGAAAAUCUCACAGAGGGUCGCAUUAUCAAGGUCAUACAGCGAAAGUUAAAGCAGACCAUUCGGCAAUGGCAGGAGAUCAAUGAAGAUCCUCAAUCGAUUACAGACCCCUUGUCACGAGCUAUGGAACUUUUUCGAGAUAUCAAUUCUGAUGCCAUAAAACCUCCCUUCGAAAUGGCAAUGAUGGCUGCAGGACAUAAUUGGCAUGUAGAACAACUGCAGAGAGAUCUAGAUGAGAACUUGAUUGGCAUGUAUUCGCCACAGUCUAUACCCCCUAACAUUGCUGCAUUAUUGUCAGUAAGUUACGAUUUGAGGAUGCUGAUGGAGAAGACAUAUUCCUUCGCAUGUGGAAUCGCAAAGCCAAUGGUCUUCUUUAAUUUUGAGCUGGAUAAUCUCUUUCUCAGUUACAAAGAUUUCCACAUUGCCUCCAAUGAUCUGAGCUUCGUACGAUCCCUAAUUGACGGGUUAGAUAGUGGAAGACGAAAAGAUUGGGGAAAAGUCAAAUUCUUAUCGAUAGAACUCCCGACUCGCUAUUUCCAAAGAGUGGGCCCUGACACAGAGUAUGACGUCGCAUUUCACCCGUUCAUAGAGGUCGUUCUUUUGUAUUUUACUGGUCUGAAGGAAUUGACCGUAGUAUAUUCAGACUACUCUGAAAUCGAUGAACACGACAAUCUGAUUUUUUUCGAGCCCAUCUGUCUUAAUUUCGCAAUUCAAGCCCUGCGUUGGGGACUUGUUGAAAACUUACAAGACUUCGAAAGCUACGAUUAUGCUCAAGGCAUGAAUUUUAGAGUUCGACAUUACUAUGAGCUCCAACCUCUAGUUCAGGGAAUUCCGGAAUUUGCAAGACGUAUGGAAGAGAAUACAGGAGCUCAUCUUAAAGUUCCGGGGAUCGGAUCAUUGUUCAUAAAGCUGAUUAUCGGACCUACGCGACAAAGAAUGUUGGAGGAUGCACAUCAAGAUUGCCUUGGAAGUAACUCAUGA